CGAGACGAACCAUCUAAUCCUUGUCUUUUAACUUGCAGCUUUGUGUUGUUCUUGGAAAGUUUCGCACCACUUGUGAAUUCCCUGAACCUUGGCCUUGGCGGCCCCCUUGUGUUGGGCCCUCCUCCCUUUCAGCUUGCCCAAAUUAAGACCCACUUGGCUCUGCAGUCGUGGUCCUCGGUGUCCGGCGGCGGCGCGGCCCCUGCCCACGCUGGGUUCCGCCAGGCAUUGCCCAAAGACGCAAUGUUUAGCCCCAGAGGAACCUUGCCCCCCAGGCCCAGGGGACCCAACCCCUCGGGCAGCAAGCCUCCGGGAUCCUUCGGGGGAGGAGGAGGGGCGGCGGGGCCGCAGAGGAAACCGGCGCCGGGAGCCCCCCAGGCAGCGCCCCAGAGACCCCCGGGCCAGGACUCGCUGCAGUGGACGGGCUCCCAGAGGAUCAACGUGCGGGUCACGCUGCACAGGGCGGAUCCCAGGAAGGUCAAGGAGAAGAACAACCUGCACCAGGAGCAGAAGGGAGACCCUCGGCCCAACCGCUGGGACAGCGGCCCGUGCCCGGCCGCGCCAAAGCCGCCCGCGCCGGUGCCGGUGCUGGAGCAGAACUCGAGCGCCCAGAACCGCUACACGCCCGAGAGCGCCUCCAGCAUUUUAGCGAGCUUCGGGCUGUCCAACGAGGACCUGGAGGAGCUCAGCCGCUACCCCGACGACCAGCUGACCCCGGAGAACAUGCCGCGGAUCCUGCGCGAGAUCCGCAUCCGCAAGCUGGGCCAGCCCGCGCCCGGCCCGCGCGCCCCGGCCCGCGGGGACGAGCGGGGAUCGGAGCCGGGCGGCGCGCCCGUCAAGGGCAAGGUCAUCGACUACGGCCACGCCAGCAAGUACGGCUACACCGAGGACCCGCUGGAGGUGUGCCCCUACGGCCCCGAGGGGCUCCCAGAGCCGCCCCUGGAGGCCUGCGUGUACAACCCCGAGGGCCCGGGCGCGGACGGCAGGGAGGACGUGCCGCGGGAGCAGAGCGUGCCGGUGCCCGUGCCGCCGCCCGCCGUGCCCUGCAACCCCGUGUUCCCGGCCGAGGAUCUCAUGAAGCUGCCGGCCUUCCAGGGCGACUCGUCCGGCGCCCCGCCCUUCUUCCCGGCCGAGCCCCCGGCCAAGGUGUCGGGGCUGUGCCCGGCGCCCGCCGCGCUGCCCGUGGUGACGCCCGCGUCGCAGGCGCCGAUGCCGCCGGUGCUGCCGCCCAUGAUGCCGGCCCUGCUACCCACGCCGCUGGCGCAGCCCCUGCUGCCGCCCGUG